UUCUCUUCAUUCUCCCCUCUGCUUCUUCUCCCUAUCUCACUUCACACUUCUUCUUAGAGAGAGAUAAUGGUUUUAGGAAAGCGUCAUGGCUCUUUGAUCAAGAGAACAACAAGCAUGCUAAUGAUCACAGACGAUAUAGCCACGAUCUAUGAACAUGCAUCUCAGCCGUCUGAUCAUCUAACCAUGCAUCAACAUCAUCAUAAUCCGACGGUGAUGUUGGCUACUAAUAACGAUGAUGACUUCUUGAGGACUUGUAGCCUCUGCAAUCGAAAUCUAUGUCAUCGUCGUGACAUUUAUAUGUAUAGAGGGGACAAUGCAUUUUGUAGCUUAGAGUGCAGGGAGAAGCAAAUCAAGGUGGACGAGAGGAAAGUGAAAAAUGGCGUUAGAGCAUUCAAGAAAACCGUUCGUAUUUGAUUGAUUAUGUAUCAACUAAAUAGUAAACGAAUAAUAAAUUUUCGUUGCGGGUGAAAUCAAUAUGUUUGCGUACUUUUGUAUAUAAGAAUAAUGUAAUUAAAUAUAGCAGAAAAUAGAAAAGGAGACGAAAUGAUUGUGUGAUCGAUAAUAAGCAUGAUAACUUAUGUGAUCUAGAGUAAACUGAAGUUGAUUUGUUCGCGUGAAUUGUCUGUGUAAUGUGUAUAUGUGUUAUGUAAUAUCAAUGUUAAUGUA